AAGUUGACACAAAUUCGUUGAGUUGACAAUGUCACCACUUACAGUCAUUGUUGUUUUAUACAUAAUCAGUUGUGUUAACUUUUUAAAUGCCUACACCACAUACAACGUGAUUCCAACAAAAGAUGAAACUCGGAGGUUCUACGGAAUAGGGGGGCUAAGUGGAGGCGGGAGAACUACGCAUUCUGACGUUUAUGUAGUUAAAACAGAUAAUCUCAAGAGAAGAUUUUUAGGAAUUGGCGGCCUUAGUGCUGGAGCAACUUCAAAAUUGUUGGUGAAUUAUCCAGAGCAACAAAGAAAUGAGAUUUUGGAUUAUCUCUUUAAGCCUGAGUUUGGAGCCUCCCUGCAGAUCUUAAAGGUUGAGAUUGGGGGAGAUGCACAAAGCACUGAUGGCACGGAGGCAUCCCAUAUGCACUACCCCUGGGAUGAGAACUAUCAGAGAGGCUAUGAAUGGUGGCUCAUGGUGGAGGCAAAGAAGAGAAAUCCGGGAAUCAUGCUGUAUUGUCUCCCCUGGGCGUUCCCCGCCUGGGUAGGGGACGGAAAGAGGGACCCCUACAAUAACCCAAACCUGACAGCCUCAUAUGUUGUCAAGUGGAUCCAGGGUGCCAGGAAAUACUAUAAUCUCACCAUGGACUAUGUAGGGGUAUGGAAUGAGCGACCAUACAAUGCAAAAUAUAUAAAGACCCUGAGGCAGAUGUUGGACAAUGCUGGUCUGGACCAGGUGCAGAUCGUGGCAGCAGAUGGUCUCUGGGAACCAAUAGCAAUUGACAUACAGGCAGACAAGGAACUGGCAAAGGCUGUGGAUAUUAUUGGAGUGCACUAUCCAGGAACUAAAACCACUCAAAUGGCCAUAGACACAGGCAAGCCCCUGUGGUCCUCUGAAGAUUACAGCACCUUCAAUGAUAACGUGGGAGCAGGAUGUUGGGCCAGGAUACUCAACCAGAAUUAUGUGAAUGGCUUUAUGACAAGCACCAUAUCCUGGAACCUGAUAGCCAGUUAUUAUGAGGCUCUUCCUUUUGCGCGUGACGGACUUAUGACAGCAGACAGUCCAUGGAGUGGCUACUAUAGAGUGGAUGCUCCUAUAUGGAUCACAGCCCAUACAACCCAGUUCACCUAUCGGGGCUUUUACUACACCGAACAUGGCUCGGGUUCAUCUCUCCUAAAAGAAGGAGGCAGCAUGGUGUCUCUAGUCAGUUUUGACAAUAUCCAGCUGACUAUCAUCAUAGAAACCAUGAGUCGCAACCAUUCUGUGUGUAUCCGUCCGUUUCUGCCAGAGUACGACGUCAAGCCUCAAAACAUCUCCAUUCAGCUGACGGGAUAUUUUGCGGAGUUGCCGAGUCUGUUUGUCCGCUACAGCAAACUUGGUUUUGAUGGUGAAGACUCAAUACUGUUCAAAGACAUGGGAACAAUACCGGUCACAGGAAAUGGAACAGUCCAACUGAGUCUAGGGGUAGAUGAGGUGUACACGCUAUCAACCUUGGAGGGCAGACAGAAGGGUAACUACGACAAUGUGCCGCCACAAAAACCCUUCCCAUUACCCUACAUGGAUGACUUUGAAUCCUAUGAACUCUACAAGGAACCCUUUAAUUUCUCGCCCCAAGUCGGUUCAUUCGAAGUGCUUGCUUCAAAAGAUGUCUUCCAUUCACGCAUUCUCCGUCAGACCGUGAUUGAAAACCCCAUUUACUGGUGUCUAUUUAUAGACCUGGUUUUUCCCAUCGGGAUCCUUGGAGAUUUCAGCUGGUCUGAUAUUUACGUAGAGGUAGACGUCUACAUUGGCACAGUGAAUGCUACAUCAGGGGCUUACGUGGCGACGAGGGUCAACAAGGGUGGCUGUGACUCGUUCGCUGCCGAGGGUGUUUUCUUCUUCAUCUUCCCUGGACAGGGAAUAGUCAUCACUGGAGACCUGGCCAGGACCAAGGAGCUGUACAAUCAGGAAAUGAACAUCUCCACCAAUGCCUGGUAUAAGAUGGGGCUACUGGUGAAGGAUGGCCAAGUGACCGGUACACUGAAUGGUCAGCAAGUCUUCAGCAUCAAGGCACCAGUCAGCCCUGCACCACAGAACGGCUUUGUUGCCUUAGGAACGGCCAACUACGGUCUUGCAGACUUUGAUAACCUUAAGAUCACAGACAGUACAGAAGGCAGCCGAAUGGUGAAGGAAACUCAUGGCAAUGAUGAAAUGUUUCACAACGAGAAGUUCACAAGUGUGAAAGACAGGCCAGAAGAUACUCUGUACUUUAAGUCUCAACGAUUGAAUAAUAGGGGUUAGUCUUUAUAAUGAUAAACUAAACAUUGAACAUUCCUGAUAAUUUAUGUUAAGUUGAUAAAUCCUUCAAACACCCUAUCAUUUGUUUUGAGAAAAACUCUACGGAGCAAAUUUAUUUCGAUAAAACAAAAAUUGUUUUACCCAUGACUUAUUUUCUUUUGAUCAUGUCAACAUAGGUGUGGAAAAUAACCUUCUGAAAUCUUGUUUGAUAGUAGAAUUUAAGUAAAGACCAUUGCAGUAUUAACAUAUAUUUUUGUGAUAAACAUUUAAGCAAUUAUUUCCUAAACAAGUGUGUAAAUCCAUGCAAAGAUGCUCCCAUUCUGUAAGCGCAAUAUAUUGCGUAUUAAUUUUAUGCCGUUGUUCAAAUGUGUGUGGUACAGUAUUGUGUGAUUCAUGUUUUAUGUGUUUCGAGCGUGUUAAUUAAAACAAAUAUCGUUCGUACAAAGA